AAGGUAAGGUACCUAGGUAUGUUGGCCAGUGCUCACACUCGAGCUUGAACCAUCAAUUCGCUGGGCCAAUCUGCCGCUUUUACGCCUUCAGCUAUCAAGCGCGAUGUGCUAGCUACACACAGCCACCGACUCUGGCCCUUUCUCACCGUACUGCUGCACCGGCCUAGACCGCAAACUCGAGCUGGCAGACAAAGCGGUUCGCAACGGCUCAAUCAAUCAACAUAGCACCCGGAGACCCCUUCCUUGUUGUGCACUGAGCUGGGCGGUAACGGCAAAGCGAAGCCACCAGACAGCCAGAGAUGUAUCCCUAUCGCGCCCGCAGUGGGCCGUCCAAGGCAACACCAUCAACAGUGCAAUGCCAGAAGUGUCUGAAACGAGGUCACUACUCGUAUGAAUGCAAGGUGCCGCCUCAGGAGCGCCCUUAUAUCCCUAGACCUUCCCGCACACAGCAGCUGUUCAACCCUAAACUUCUGCCUAAGCUGUCGAGCGAGACGCCAAAUCCGCUCAUGGAGACGUAUGUUGCAGUGGUUGAUUCCACGCACGCUCAGAAUCACAGCUGACUUUGCCACGCAGAAAAGGGGUCGCUGACCAGGAGCUGGCCAAGCGGGAGGCCGAGAGGGCACGGAAACGAGAACGUGAGGCGGAUGAAGAAGCUGUUAUAGGUGCUAUGAAGGAGUCACCGCCUCCCAGGCGCCACAGGUCGCCCUCUUACGACUCGGUCUCCAGCAUCUCCACACGAUCAUCGUCACCAGCGCCAAGACGGAGGCCCAGCCCCAGCCCCAGCCCCAGCCCCCCGCGGAGGGGCCGGCGGCGUGACUCUCGGAGCCCCUCGCCUCGGAGCUCCCAGGGUCGCCGGGCGUCAUAUGACUCGGCAAAUCGCUAUUCUCG